CUGCUGAUGCUUGCCUUGCAUAGUGCACUAUCAGCCUGCGGAGAACGCGGCUGCUUAUAGCCCGAGGCCGACCUGCAUCGACUGCCGAGACAUACAAUGAUGCACGCUGGGUGGUAGACUCCUUGUGAUUACUCGUUUUCCGCAUUCGCACGGCCACCCGGCAAACCUACACUUUCAUCCGCUGAGCGAGUUGCAGACCAGCUCGAAACGGCGUUGACUGCAGGGCGCAAUGUCGGUGAACGAAGGGAUCGCGCUUCAGGAGCUCCGUUGCUCACCCCAGCACAGCCGCGAAGAGCAAGUCGCCCAAGCAGAUUUGGAAGGCGUCGUGCAAGAGACAGUGGAGCAGCCAAGCGAACUGCGAAGUGAUGAGCAGGAAGACUGGAGGCCGACGAGGAGGUACCAAAUGAUUCUGCUCGCAGCUGGAUUUACAAUGAUCUUUCAUGUCAUUGGGCUCAACUCCAUCUAUGGUAUCUUUCAGGAAUUCUACACAUCUCCCAGGAGCAAUAUCAAGAAUGCACAGGGCCAAGACGCGCUGGUGUCGCUCGUCGGGACGAUUGGCACCUGUCUAACCUGGAGCGGCAGCAUCUACGUGAACCCUCUGAUCGCUCGUGUAAAGCAUGUCCAAUGGAUCAUGCUCGCUGGCGUCUUCAUCAUGAGCCUCGGCAUAUUCCUCGCCAGCUUCAGCACGGAGCUUUGGCAUCUGUACUUGACACAAGGACUCCUCUACGGGAUCGGCGCCUCGCUUUACUACUUCCCCAUCCUUGCGCUGACACCAGUAUACUUCGACCAGCAUCGUGGCUUCGCACUUGGUUUCAUCCUGUCGGGUGCCAGCAUCGGAGGCCUUAUCUUGUCUUUUUCCAUAAGCGCACUUAUAUCACACGUUGGCAUCGGCUGGGCACUGAGGAUCCUCGGCGUUUGGAACCUUGUGGCCGGAGUGCCUGUAUCACUCGUUGUGAAGAAGCGGGGAAACUUCUACGGGCCAGGAAGCGGCAGCAGCAGAGUGAGCCUGAGCGUCGCAAGGCGUGGAGCAUUCAUUUGGCAGGCGUUUGGCGCGUUCCUGCAAGCAGGCGGCAACGUGGUUCCCACGUACUUCCUCACUACCUACUCUGUCUCUGUGCUGUCGUAUUCUUCCAAUAGCGCCUCAACGCUUCUUGCGAUAAGCAACGCAGUGAGCAGUGUCGCGCGCAUAGCUAUGGGAAUCCUCGCGGAUAGAUUCGGCCGGCAAAACAUGUUAAUUGCCAGCGUUCUGCUAUCUGCGAUCUCCGUCCUCGCGCUCUGGCCGUCAGCGCCGCGCCCACGUUUCAUUGCCUUCGUCAUCUCCUACGUCAUCCUCGCGGGCGGAUACAACGGUCUCCUGCCCGCAACGAUUGCCGAGGUGUAUGGCGUGCAGCACUACACGAGUGUGAACAGCAUCAUCUACUUCAUCCGCGGCUUGGGCGCACUCUUCGGAGCACCACUCGCAGGCGUCAUCCUCGGGAGCCACCAGCGCGGGUUUGGCGUAUACUCAUCCAGUACAACGUCGAUGACGGACUUGCACAUACUGAGGACGAAAUACAACCAGGUUGCAUUCUAUGAUGGGGCGGUACUCUUUGUGGCAGGGCUCUGCAUCGUGUAUGUCAGAUGGUCGGAUGCGCGAUACAGAGGACGGUGGCAAUGGAAGGCGUGAUAAACCAUGUACCACUUAUUGCAAUACGGAAAGACUUGAGGUUGCCAUGUAGCUUAUUAGAUUCGCAAUCUCGUAGUUUGGCUGGACAAGACUUCGACGUCCAGAAUGUGAGUUGCCAACAUUCAGCUUCGCAGAUUUCC